GGUUAAUCCUUUGCUGGAACCUGUGAAUAGAAGCAGAUUCAGAUCGUAGAUCUCAGUUGGGAAGGAAGUCUAGCUCUUUUAUCAGAAUCUGAUUUCUUUUAUUAUUCGAUCUUGUUUGUCUUUGGAUGCAGGAGUAGACAGGUUCUGAUAUGGCUGCCCGGCUGCCCCUGACUUAUUUUAUUUGUGUUCUUUUUUGUUUAGGUCCUUUUCGAGGUCCAAGUAGAGCACUUAAAUAUAAAAAACUGAGAAGUACCGAACCAGGAAAGGUUAAGGUUCAUAUUCCAUCCUCAUUGGGAGCUGCUGUGGGUAAGAAUGCAAACCAAUUUGUGGGUGAAUGUGCUGAUUGGGUGAAGGAAAUAUGCCCUCUUAAUGUUCAAAGCUGGAAUGAUAUGCCUGAAGACGCAAUAGAUCGGUUGUAUAGUAGGAUUCAUGCAAAGUUUGACUUCGGUGAAGGUGCACACAUUCCAAAAGCGAUACACAUUCAGUGCUCUAACCUUUAUAGGCAUUGGAGAGAAAGGUUGAAGGCUGACCAUUUUACAAAGUGCAAAAGUUUGAAAGAAGCAGAACGUGCUUGUCCAGCAACUAUAGACCUUACCCAAUGGAGGUGGCUUAUAUAUAAUUAUUGGGGCAAUCCUAAACAGAGGGAAAAGAGUGAAAAGAAUCGGGCGAAUGCUCUUUCAAAGAAGAUCAAGUCCGCAUGUGGUGCCAAAUCAACCGCUAGGAUAAUUUAUGAAUUGGAACUUGAGGCAGAAAAUGAGCAGGAGGUCAAUGAAGAUGAGCAGGAGGUCAAUGAAACUAAUGGUGAUCCUAUAUAUUUGAAGUUAUGGGAAAAGUCAAAGAGGCAUAAAAAUGGGAAGUUUGACGAUGAGGCCGAAAUCAAGUACAAGGCAUUUAAAGAGUUACAUGAAAAAGAAGUCAGAGAGAAAGGAGCUGACAAUCUUAUUUUGGAUAUUGCCUACAAAGAAGUGCUUGGAUAUCGUUCGGGUUAUGCACGUGGGUUAGGUAAAGGUCACCCUGUGUUAUCCAAGGAUGGGAAGAAAGGAAGAGCAGAGCUAGAAGCUAAUGUGGAGCAUCUGCAGAAUGAAAAUAGCAUGAUCAGAGCAGAAUUUGAGUCACAUAAACUGGAGGCUAAGAAGAAACAGCAAGAAUUAGAACAAAAGCUUCAGUUAAUCAUGGACAAGAUUGGCUUGACAUAAAUAAGGAAAUAUAUUUUUUUGGCCUUGACGAGUCUGCUGAUCGAUAUAUCUUUUGUUAGUUAUGCUUAGGAGCUUUAUGAAGUUGUACGAACUAUUUUGUUAAGUUGUUGGCUUGCUGCACUCAGGAAAUAUAUAUAGAUGAUUUUUUGGAGGUUGUAAAAGAACUUUCGAAUGUGCAAAGAUUUGUUAUUGUUUGUGGUAUGAAUUAU